GCAAAAAGCUAUAUUAAAGGCUAUAAAUAAAUUGCAAAUGUUUAUGUAGCCGUACAGCAGCGGCAGCAACAACAAAACGCACGUGGCGCAGACAUUUUGGCCACGAUAGUAAGCAAACACACAAACACGAUUAAACAUGUCCGCCGUACCGGUUGCCAUCAAAACGGAGGAAGUUAUUCUAGAGCACGCCGAAUACAACAGCGCCGAGGAAUUGGAUGAGGAAUUGCAAUUACAACUAGAGGAUUCAGGGGGUGAGAAUUAUCACAUCGAGUACGCCAGCGAGUCGGCCCAUCAGGGCUCUCAGCGUCGGCAGUCCAGCAUGAGCGGUACGAAUACCUCCAAGGGCGGAGGAGGAGGCGGGAACGGGGCCCUCAGCGAUGGAGACGGUUCGGGAAAACCCCUUGUGGACAGCGAGAAGAGGAUGCGCCGGGAAAUCGCCAACAGCAAUGAGAGGAGACGCAUGCAGAGCAUCAAUGCCGGAUUCCAGAGUCUGCGAUCGCUGCUCCCGAGACACGAGGGCGAAAAGUUGAGCAAGGCCGCCAUCCUGCAACAGACCUUCCAAUACAUCGUGGAGCUGGAGAACCAGAAGACGCAGCUGCUGACGCAGAACAGUGAGCUGAAGCGACAGGUGGGCGAGCACGAGGCCGGCGGCGGCGGAGGAGGAGCCGGCGAGGGUGGAGCCAACUCCGGGGGCAACUACAACGAUUCCAACAAUGCCAGCGGGGGCAACUCCACGGCGGUGGCCAUCAAGAAGCGCAAGCUGACGGACAACGUGAUCAACAUCCAGGCGAUUAGCGACAGUUCCGACGAGGGACUGGGCUCCAUGUCCCCGGAACCGAUGACCCUUCUCACGGCUGGCGGAGCGGCGGCCAACAAACUGAGCAACGCCACCCUGCUGGCGGCCAAGGAGCUGCACGAGUCGAAGAAGCAGCUGGAGAAGGAGCGCAGCCUGCGUCGACUGCUCGAGGAUGAGCUGCAGAUGAUCAAGCGGCAGCUGUACAGUGUGGCCACGGCACCGCCCGGCACAGCGGUGGCAGCCGCAUCUGGGGGCAGCAGUGGCGCCUACAUUCCACGCGAGGUCAUCGAGCACACCGAUAACUUUGUGCGCAGCGAGGACUUGGAGGAGCUGGGCGGCACCGUUUCCUACGUGGAGAUCGACGAGAUGACCGGCCAACAGCAGGUGGUCGUGUGCUCCAGCAUCGAGGAACUGGAGGCCGAUGCCGCCGCGGAGAUCAUCACCGAGGAUCAGGUGCACGAGGAGGUUAUCCUGUCGUCGAACAGCUCCACGGAGUCCGAGAACGAGGUAAACGUGAACGCAAUUGCCAAAGCCUAUGCCGAAGGAUGCACGUCGAGUGCUGCGAUGCUGCAGCCCAUUCUGCAGGCGGCCAUCAAGGCCACGCCCAAGGUGGAGGUGGAGCGCAUCCACGAGAAGAUUGUCAAGGUGAAGGCGGAGAAGCACGACCUGCCCUCGAUCCAGACGACCACCCACUAUCAGCAUCCACAUCGUCAGAAUCUGGAGACCAUUGUCCAGGCCAUCAGGCAUCUGGAGGGCGAUCAUCUCUUUGCCGACGGCAGUGGCGGCCAAGAGAAGUUUGGUCAGCAGAAUCUCCAGCAGCAGCAGCAGCAUCACCACCAAAUGACUGGAGUGCAUCAUCAGCACCAGCAGCUGCAUCACCAUCGGCUGGCGCAGGAUGCCCCACUGGCGCUCACCACCACGGGCAAGCAGCAUGCAGCGCUGGCGGAGCUGCGACCCUUCCUUCAGCUCAAGAGCGGCGGCAACAAGCAGGUGAUCAUUACGGCCAAGACGGCCAAGGAUGCCGCCGGUUUGGUCUCCGCGAGCAGCAGCAGUACCACGGUGACGCCAACGGCGAUCUUCAAGGUGCAAACGACGGGCGGCCAUGGGAGCAGCGGCGGCGGCGGCAGUCAUUUGCAUGCGGGCUCAACGGCGGGCACCAUAAUCACCGGGAGCAAUGGCAGCGGCAGCGCCCAGCAGCUGACCAUCACCACAGCCUUGAAACAAUGCCGGCCGGGCGUGAUAGUGGCCAAGCAGCUGCCGUCGUCCUGA